AUGAGCAGGUACAUAAAUUUUUCACAGCGUGUGGAAAUUUUUAAAAUCCCUAACCACUCCCUGUUUAUCUUAUUUAAAAAAAAGAUAUCGACGAUUGUGCUGAUGGACCAUGCGAAAAUGGAGGAAAUAGUACAGAUGCUGUGAAUUAUUAUAACUGUAGCUGUGUAGCUGGAUAUACGGGAAGAAUUGUAGUAUUGGUAAGCCGCACAACACUUUAAUUGAAUGAAUACAGCAAAAUUUUCAAGGGAAAUAUCCGAUUUCUUUUAAGAGUUAAUGAGCUGGUAUAUGAAUUUUCCACAACGUGUGGAAAUUUGAAAAUCCCUUACCACUCCCUGUUUAUCUUAUUUUAAAAAAAAGAUAUCGACGAUUGUGCUGAUGGACCAUGCGAAAAUGGAGGAAGUUGUACGGAUGCUGUGAAUGAUUAUAACUGCAGCUGUGUCGCUGGAUACACGGGGAAGAAUUGCAGUAUUGGUAAGCCAAUUCUCUUCAAGAAUCAUUUACAAAGGCAUUGCAUUGGACAGUUGACUAUUCUCAAUUAA